CAUGUGAUUCAAGAGACUGGUCCGUGAGAGCGGAACAUGCCUAAUUCUGUCGUUAUUAAACUCCACUAAGCAUUUAACUAAUGUAAGAUUAGUAGUUUCCGGGUUCCGCGGACACGUCUGCGGGUAUGGAUCGCGCUGUUUCGCUUUGCUGAAAUGUAAGAUCAAUAAGUAAACGGGGAUCAGUUAAACAAGGCGAUCGUGACGCCCUGAUGGACGCGUUUUGCUUUCUAUUUGAGAUCUGCAUUUCCGUUUUGGAGCUGCCGGCCACAGUGCUGCAUCACCCUAUAAUAAAGCGUCGGUAAUUGCGCUUGUGCUUUGCUGAUUAUUACCGAACUGCCAGUGAUGAUACAGGUGCCAGCUCAUAAGAGAAACUAUGCCGGUGCGUAACGGAUACAACCUUGUGGAUGACAUAGGGGACUCGCAAGUACCUGUUCACAAUGAAGAGGCUUUCCAGCAUGGCAUUCACUUUCAAGCCAAGUACGUGGGCAGCCUGAACAUGCCGAGGCCCGGCAGCCGCGUGGAGAUCGUGGCGGCUAUGCGGAGGAUCAGGAAUGAAUUCAAAGCAAAGUGCAUUAAGAAGAAGAAGGUGAACAUUGUCAUAUCUGUGGAUGGAGUGAAGGUAGUUCUUUGGAAGAAACAGAAGAGGAAGGAGUGGACUUGGGACGAGGCCAAGAUGCUGGUGAUGCAUGACCCAGUAUACAGGAUUUUCUAUGUGUCCCAUGACUCCCGUGAGCUGAAGAUCUUCAGCUACAUUGCCCGGGAUGGAUCCAGCAGCUCCUUCCGAUGCAACGUGUUCAAAACCAAGAAGAAGGCCCAGGCAGUGUGCAUCGUGCGGACGCUGGGCCAAGCCUUCGAGGUUUGUCACCAGCUGAGUCUGCAGCGAGCCCAGCAGCAGGGCGAGAACCAGGCUGACGGGGAGAGCGGCGAGGCGUCCACAGAGGGUCAUCAGUGGACUGGAGGGGAAAAUGAUGAAAAAAACGGAACAGAGAAGAAGCUUCUUAAAGGGCUUAUUGGAGAAGUUCCCGGGAUCCUGGAGUCUAGCUAUGUCCUUAAAGACUGGGAUUUACAGAUUUGUGGCCUUCAGGAUGGCGAGCAGGAUCUGCUGAGCGUGGAGGGGGCCCUGUGUUCCCUGCCUCCCAGGGACCCUGCAGCCUCCACUCACCUUUCGCUGUCCAACCAGCACCACCUGCACCUUCUCCAGCACCAGCUCCUCCAGCAGCAAACUCAGACGCAUGUGGCCCUCGCCCAGGUGCAGCUCCUCCAAGGACAGCUGGCUGCUGAGGCCGCUGCCCGGCUGGAGGCUGAAAGCCAGAUACAGCAGCUUCAGCUCCAUAACAGGGAGCUGCUCCAGCAUGUGGCACUGUUGGUCAAGCAGCUCAGAGACCUGGAAAGCAGAGUCCCCGGUACCAUCCAGGAUGGGGGGAUCUCCAGAUGGGGGUCUGCAGGGUCUCUCAUCCUAAGAAACCACGGCCUAGAGAACGACGAGGCCGUCCCCUCCACCGGCCUGGCGGAGGACCCCACAAGCCCCUCAGCACCAGCGGCCCUGGCAGAGUCCUACCUCAGUCUCCUCAGUCUGGAGAACGAGGCCCAGACGGAGGCCAGGAGAGCAGACACCGGGCCGGUGGGAUCGGGGGGAAGGCAGGACAAAGUUACCCCUGGCGUCGCCGGAAAUGAGACGGUGCGGAUUAACUCCCGCACCAUUAGACGAGUGACUGAAUGGUUUCAUCACACUGUCCCUAAGCUGAAUCCUCCUCCCCCCAUCAUGAACCGCAAGCGGGCAAACAAAUUAAACUUUUUGGGCCGAACCAAAUCUAAUUCCAAGACUGUAGCCAUCGAAAUGGAGGAGAGGGUACACCUGCAGGACAUCAAGCCCUGUGAUGCCUCCUCCCUCGGCAACAGCGAGAGCGAAUCCUGCUCAACCAGCGAGGAUUCUGGGGUGGUGAGGAGCGAGAAGUGCCCCCACUCGCCCCAACACGAGGGGCCCUUUGAGAACCAGGGGCCGUGCCUGUCUGCCGCCAGCAGCUGCAGCGGCCGGCUAGAAGACCCUGCUGCCUUUAGGAGUGCCUCAGUUCCCCUUCUUCCCCCAAGUCCUGUCGUCACCCCUGGAGGCCCAGCAAGCCCAUCGUCUCUCUAUUCCUUAGCUCACAAGACCUGUCUCCACAUCAGCUUGUCAGAGGAUGAACUGAUGCAUGCCAAGUCGCUGGAUCUCAGCAUCAGUAGCCGGAAGUAGGCGGCAUGGAGAGAUCUGAUCCAGGAUUCUUUUAGAUCCCCUAACCAGAAGUCCUACACUCUAUGGGAGAUUCAUGCGCUAGCACAACACUCCCUUAAACAAUCCAUUUUUAUAAACUGACUUUUAUAUCUAAAGCCCUUAAUAUGAUAUACAUUGUUGAAGUUAAUUUAUAGUGUAAGAUAGAAUUAAUAUGCAGUUCUUGCCAAUGCUGCCCACAAAUGAUUGGACUUUAUCCUGUACAGCAGUCGUUCACGCCAUUUGUUGGGCAGUAUGUGGCCAUGAAGGCCUAAUUGUAAAAUGGAUAUCAUUAUUGUUAUUAAUAAAACAAGUAGCACUCUAUAUAA